AUGGACGAACUUCUCAAUAUUCCAGCAGCAGUGAAUUUUGAUGAGUCUAUAGCUCAUUAUGAAAUUCAUGCUCAUCAACCGUAUGCAUCUUCAUCUUUUAACAAUAGCGAUGAAAUUCGAAUCGCAGUACAACAUCAAGACUUGUGCAUUUUACCCAGUAAAAGUUCAUUACACAUUUUUGGCAGAUUAGCUAAAAAUGAUGGAAUUACUCUUACAGAAAACAUGCAUUUAAGUAAUAAUGCUGUAUGUUUCUUGUUUGAUGAAAUUCGCUAUGAACUAAAUGGAAUUGAAAUAGAUCGAUGCAAAAACGUUGGACAUACUACAAUCAUGAAAAAUUAUGUCUCACAAACUCCAACUCAGCUCAAUUUUAUUGAAAAUGCUGGGUAUUCAAAAAUUGCAGCUGACGCAAGACUUACAUUGGAAAAUGGAUAUUUUGACGUCACAAUACCACUCAGCAUGAUUUUUGGUUUUGCUGAAGAUUAUAAAAGAAUCAUUAUGAACGCUAAACAUGAACUUAUUUUAACAAGAGCACGUUCUGACGUGAAUGCUGAUCCAUUAAUUUCAAUAAGUUUUAGGUCUUGGGAAAUGUAUGAGUAUCCUUUAAUUCCUACAAGUUCAAAAGUUUUGUGGCAAAUUAAAACAUCAACGCAAUUAGAGAAACCACGCUAUGUUAUUGUUGGAUUUCAAACAGCGAGAAAAGAUAAACCGUCAGUUGAUGUGCGUUUAGAAUUUGAAGCAGGAAUCAACAUGCCGGCUGAAACCACUGCCUAUUGCCUAAUCAUCCAUGACCGCGUCAUACAAUAUAAGCCAAUCAGCGGUGUUGUAAAGAAACUAUUGUAA